UCACAGAAUCUGCUCUCGCAGCCCACCUUCCUCUCCAAACCCAAGGGUUCAUGUCUCAGUCCUCCCUGUGGUGCAGGAGUUUGGCUGAUAUAAGGAAGCUGAGACGCCUCAUCGGCCAUCAGCGAGAGGCGAUGGAGUGAGGAGUCAACAGCACCUGCAUCACGAGCGUAAAGCCUCAGCAUGACGUUUACUCGAGCGGCUCUCCUGGCUGCCACCCUUCUCAGCCUAAUGGUCGACCUGACCCCUGGGGUCCGAGCAACGCGUGGGCCCAAACCUCAGAGCAGCAAGAAGCCUCCCAGAACUGGCCGGGGCCUGACCACCACCACCACCACACCGACCCCUCCCAGCGGCCUGCUCACCGAUGAGACCAGUGAGACCAUGAUGGACACUUACUCUCUGUCCCCCACCGACAGCACCACCUUCGCCAUCGACACGUUCCCCACUGAGUUUCACACCGACUCAGUCGCGCUCCCGGGGAACUAUACUCUCGACUACAAUGAGUGUUUCUUUAAUGUUUGUGAGUGCUGCCCACCAGAGAAGGGCCCCGCAGGGCCGAUGGGAGAGAGGGGACCACCGGGGCCGCCAGGACAGAGUGGUCCACCAGGGUUACCAGGAGAGAAGGGAGAAACGGGGCCGCCCGGCCCUACAGGACCUGAAGGUCUUCCUGGAGCAAAUGGACUCAAUGGAGACCUAGGUACUGCUGGCCUUAACAGAGGGAGGCUUUUCGACUGCCUCUCCAUUUCUCUUUCCCUCUUCAUGUCUCCUAUUCUGCAAACCCCCCUUUUCCCAAACUACAUAAAGGAUGUCAUCUUCUACACUCUAUUUUUCAAAACUGCUACAGGUGAGAAGGGGGACCAAGGACCUGCGGGGCUUCCUGGUGCUCCUGGCGCCCCGGGAAAACCAGGAGAGAAAGGUGACCCAGGGUCUAAAGGGGAAAAGGGUGAGCAAGGUUUAACUGGGCUCAAAGGAGACCCGGGAGAGAGAGGAGAGCCUGGUAUAAAUGGGACCAAUGGCAGCAGUGGACAAAACGGCACUAUUGGUCCACCAGGUGUCGCCGGUACAAAGGGUCAGAAGGGUGAACAGGGACCUCCUGGGGAGUGUUUGCCAGGCGAGAAGGGACAAAAGGGUGAGGCGGGUGUGCCGGGGCCUCCAGGAGAGAGAGGUGAGAUGGGACCUCAAGGGUUAAACGGAACUGAUGGAGAGAAGGGAGCGAAAGGCGAUCCUGGCCCUCAGGGUGGGAAGGGAGACAAUGGCAACAGGGGUCCCCCGGGACCUCAGGGACUAAGGGGCAUGGCAGGGGUCAGAGGGGAAAGGGGCGUGAAAGGCGGACGAGGACCUCGUGGUCCAAAGGGUGCUCCCGGUGAGAGCCUGGAGCCGAUUCGCUCGGCCUUUAGUGUGGGUUUGUUCCCCAGCAGGUCCUUCCCUCCGCCAGGCCUCCCUGUCAAGUUCGACAAGGUCUUCUACAACGGAGAGGGCCACUGGGACCCCUCCAGCAACAAGUUCAACGUCACCUACCCAGGGGUCUACCUGUUCACCUACCACAUCACCGUGCGUAACCGACCUUUGCGUGCCGCCCUGGUGGUCAACGGUGUGAGGAGGCUGCGGACCCGCGACUCCCUUUAUGGUCAGGACAUCGAUCAGGCUUCCAAUCUGGCUCUUCUGCAGUUGAAGGAGGGCGACCUGGUCUGGCUGGAGACCCUGAGAGACUGGAACGGUGUUUACUCCAGCACUGAGGACGACAGCACCUUCACUGGCUUCCUGCUCUACCCUGACACGAAGAACAACCCCAGCAUGGAGAACCUGUGACCACUCACUGCCUGAAUGAGUCCAGUCGACCUGCACCUCCUGUCAUAUCUGCACCGUAACAUGCCUCUGAAAAUCAACGCUGUAGUCUCUUCUGCUUGUACAAUUCUCCAAAAUA